GGUGUGCUAAGCGUGAUCCAACCAUCCCAACCUCAUUUUAGCAGGGAGUCCUACAUCGAAAAAAGAACACCAUUACCAGAAUACAAAACGUAGCCGAUUCUGAUUACUAUAUACACCCUGAGCUUUCAAUUGUUUCAACGGUAUCUAUUUUUCCAUCUUGAUGCCCGUUUCAAUGGAAGCUCUCUCGAGUUCUCUGCUAAUCAUUUCACUGGUUCUGUUUCAUGUUGUUCUUGUGGGUGCAGAGUCAUCAGUCAAUCCACCUCUUCAAAGAGAGCAAAGAACUUAUCGGCCGUUGUAUGAUUGUGAGGGAUGUGAUGAUGGAAAGGAUCUGGAUACUCCUUCUGCAGCUACACUUGGAAAUCCUCUGGAUGAAAAGGAUAUUGACAUUAUUGCAACAUACAGUGACACAUCUGGCAACAUUAGAAUUAGGAGGGUCCAAGUGAAGGACCUCUCUGCUUCCUGGGUCCUGGAAAACCCAACGGAUAAAGGCCAUGAUCAGCCAAAGACUUCCCAGGCUUUUUUAUCCUCCUUUCUUCUCACAGACUUUGAGAGACUCAUUUCAAUCUGAUUUGAGAUUUCAAGAUAAUGUUCAAAAUUCUGAGAUCCACAGUCGUCCUAAGUUGCCAAUAAGCCCAGUGAAGCUGCUGCGCCAGUUGAAAAGGCGAAAAAGGAGGGAACUUCGGACCGCAUUGCUAAUUCAGCAAGAUAAAGAAGCUGAAAACCGGACAAGAGCAGCUGCAAUAAAACGGUCCGAAGACAUGGACACCACCGUCCAGGAAAAGUAUAGUAUAUGGAGGAGAGACUAUGAAAAUCCAAAUUCUGAUACUAUGUUGAAGCUCAUGCGGGACCAGAUUAUAAUGGCCAAAGCAUAUGCAAAUAUAGCAAAAUCUAAUAAUGAAACCAGUCUUUAUGAAUCACUUACAGAACACUCUAGAAAAAGUCAACAUGCUAUUGGAGAAGCUACAUCAGAUGCUGAGCUUCAUCCUAAUGCACUUGAUCGAGCAAAAGCAAUGGGUCACGCCCUCUCCAUAGCAAAGGAUCGAUUAUAUGAUUGUCCUACUAUGUCGAGGAAGUUGCGUGUCAUGCUUCAGUCAAGUGAAGAGAAUGUAAAUGCGCAAAGGAAGAAAAGUGCUUUCUUGAUUCAGCUAGCUGCAAAAACAAUUCCAACACCAUUGCAUUGCCUUCCUUUGCAGCUUGCAGCUGACUAUUUCUUGCUUGGUCAUCAAAAUAAAGAGUAUCUGAACAAAGAAAAGCUUGAAGAUCCUUCUCUUUAUCACUAUGCCAUAUUUUCGGAUAAUGUGCUAGCGACAUCUGUGGUGGUCAAUUCCACAGUGCUUCAUGCAAUAGAUCCUGAGAAACAUGUUUUCCAUAUAGUUACAGAUAAAUUGAACUACGCUGCAAUGAAAAUGUGGUUUCUCAUCAACCCACCUGCAAAAGCGACAGUUGAAAUUCAGAACAUUGAUGAUUUUAAGUGGUUGAAUGCUUCAUCUUGUUCUGUUCUACGUCAGCUUGAAUCUUCCAGGAUUAAGGAAUACUACUUCAAGGCAAAUCAUCCUUCCACCCUUACUGCUGGGUCUGAUAAUCUCAAAUAUAGAAAUCCAAAGUAUCUGUCUAUGCUGAAUCAUCUUCGAUUCUAUCUUCCUGAAGUAUACCCAAAGCUAGACAAGAUCCUUUUUUUGGAUGAUGAUAUUGUGGUUCAGAAGGAUCUGACACCGCUUUGGUCCGUUGAUAUGCAAGGAAUGGUGAAUGGCGCAGUGGAAACUUGCAAGGAGAGCUUCCAUAGGUUUGAUAAGUAUCUCAAUUUCUCUAAUCCAAAGAUCAAUGAAAAUUUUCAUCCAAAUGCUUGUGGUUGGGCAUUUGGCAUGAACAUUUUUGACUUGAAGGAGUGGAGAAAGCAAAAUAUAACUGGAAUAUAUCAUUAUUGGCAAGAUCGGAACGAAGACCGAACUCUUUGGAAAUUGGGCACCUUGCCACCAGGAUUGAUCACUUUCUAUAACCUAACCUUUCCGUUGGAUCGUAGCUGGCAUGUCUUGGGACUUGGCUAUGACCCAGCCCUUAACAAAACUGAAAUUGAUAACGCAGCUGUAGUUCAUUACAACGGAAAUUACAAGCCAUGGUUGGAUUUGGCUAUUGCAAAGUACAAGCAUUACUGGUCUAGAUAUGUACAGUUUGAUAACCCCUAUCUCCAACGUUGCAAUGUUUUUGAAUGAUACCACAAGGAAACAACUUCAAAGUGCUUCAUAGCUAGUAGAAAAUUUUUUCCUCCAGCAAUACAUAGAUAAUGAUAGUCAUUUUUUUUAAAAGAAACAUUUUAUUUUUAGCUGCAUAUGUAAUAUUUUUCUGAUUUAUUAUUGAGCUUUGCCAAAUUAAUACAAGCCUGGAGCAAAUUUGUUAA